UUUUAAUGCUUUUAUUUUUGUAAUUAUUUUUUGGUUUUUGUUGAACGCUUUGUCCUUUUUUUCGUAUUUACAUUCUUGUUAAUAUUUUUUAUUUUCCCAACACUUUGGUAGUGGAAAUAAAGGAAACGUAAAAUAAUAAAUUCACAUACCCACACUUUUGCUUUCUCAUUUUUUCUUCUAAUUUCAAUUUCUUUCCUUCUUGUCGACAAUUUCCAAAUUCGGGGUUUCAAAAGGCUCUUCAGAAUUCAGACACUCUUUUCCCCCCUUUAUAUAUUGUAUCCUCAGUUCUUUCUUUGUGGUUCCAAGUGUGCGUUUUCUGCCUCUCUUUUUUCUUUCCAACUUUAUCGGCACUAUUUAUUUUAUUUUCUUUGUACUUUUUUAUUAUAUCUUUUGUUUACGCUACACACAAGAGCAGCGAGUCUACUCGGAAAACUCACAGCAAGGGGAAAAAUAGCAGGGUGGUUUUUUCUCAACAAUGUACACAAGCCAGCAGGCUACCUACAAGGCACUGCCCAGCUCGACACGCAGCCGGCGAGUAUCCGGUAAUAACACAGGCGAAACACGGCCGGCGCUCCACCAGGCGUCCUUCAGCCACACAGGAACCAACACAACAGUCAACCCAGCAGUCAGCACCAAUGCAACCACAGGCAUCGGCACCGGCAUCGGCACAGCAGCCAAUGGCGUCACCCUACAGUCUUGGGCGCGGUCGCAAUACCAAGUAACCCAGCCCUUAAACGCCCCAGGCGGCCCACGACAAACAACGCCCAUGUACCAGGCGCAAUACUUCUCACCACACAACGCACCCACAAUAACGCCACCAUCAAUACCGGCAGCGGCAAAAGCCAGACCACAGUCGUCGGGCGCAGUCAAAUACGCCGUGGCCGACUACUUUGACCCCUACCGCGGAGCACCGCAGGGCCAAACGCUGAACAUUGAAGCGAGAAAGCCCCUGGCGCAAGUCACCCGCGUGGAGCCACCCCGGGUGCAAACACCACCGUCUCCGGUGGUGCGUGCAACGCGGCACUCUCGGCCAACAACCCCCGUGCAGCCGCGCACGAUGCCAUUGGCGCAGUCCAGCAGAGACUCAAUGACUGGCGGCACCGCGACGCUGUACUCGCCGCAGCGCACCCCGGAGUCCUCCCGCCUUAAGCCGCGCUCCCAAGCAGAUAACAACCCAUAUGCUCAUCAGAUCCCUUUGCCCCCGCAGUUAUUCGUGGCCACGGAAAUCCAGCCGCCGCUUGUCUCGCAGAGAACCGUUGUGGCCACAGCGUCUGCGGAUAUGCUGGGCCGCGCCAUGCCGUUGCCAACAAAACCAAGGGUCACCAGCGUCUAUACGACUGGAAGCGCGCCUACGGCGGUGGCUGUGGCGGAGCGCGUGUCGGCUAAUUUGCAUGUUGAAAUGGGACGGGCGCCCAUGAGAGCCGGAAACACUGCCUCUGUUGCUGCUGCUGCUGCUCCUACGCGUGCGCCUGCGAGUGAGCUGGCUCACGCCGCUAUUCGUGAUUUUGUCGAUAUGAAGGCUACCCGGACACUGCCCGCUGUUCCAAUCAGCACACAGCCGUUGAAUCUGCCUGCCGCACCACAGGUGCAGCGCCCGAUUGCGCAGCUUAAAUAUCCAAGACAGAAACAGGUGGUCAUUGAGCCAUUCCAAUCCAGCUCGCCGCCACCUUUUUUUGCAGCAGCAGCGCCAGCGGUGGCGGAUCCACCAAUGGGCAGUUCGGACAAAUCCGAGCUUAUCGACUUUAUCGAGCGCCGCCGCGCUCGCACCGUGGUUGGCGAGCGGCCAACGAUAGCGUUUUCGGAUAGUACAAAGCCCAGGCCCGCCGGCAACAGCAACAGCAGCGGCAGUGGACAACCCGUGGAUUCGUUGGACAAAGCCAUUGGCAUGGAGCGCUCUGACUCAGUCUCCUCCAAAACCUCAGACACUUCCGAGCGCUGCUUCAAAAGAUCCACCGCCAGGCUCGCCGAUAUAGAUGUCCCCACUAAACCAGCCGAAGUGCGCGCGCAACCACGCAGCACCAAAUACUCAUCAUGGUACAACGGCCCCGCAACAGCAGCAGCAGCAACAACAGCGGCAACGCAGGUGCCUGAAAAAAUGUUUGGUAAGCCGAGCCCACUUUUGUCGAGUCGGAUUGUGCCCCGAGCGCGUGCGCAUACGCUUGUGGCUUUGCCAACUACCGAAGAGGUCCUGCGUAAUGCCCCAAAGUUGCCUGAACUGCACAGCAAGGUGGCUGAGCAGCCUGUGUCGGGUCUGCGCGCCGUUCCCAACCCCUUUACACGCAUUGGCAGCAGCAAUGGUGUCGGCGGCAAGAAUGUUAUCGGCAGCAACGACACCACCACCAGCAGCAGAAACCCCGCUGUGCUUUCUGUGGGCGUGCAGACCGAGCGCACCAUGGUCAGUCGCGGACAACAGACGACGCGGGAUACAACCAUCCACAGCGACGAUGCCGUUCUCGACCUGAUGCGGCAGAUGGAUUCUCUGCGCAUGUCCCAUGCAAACCAAAUUACAGAGUACCAGGAGCAGGUUCUCGACCUCGAGCUGCUCAACCAGGAUCUGCAGAGUGAAGUAGACCACCUCACUGCGAGUCUCGACCGCGAUCAGGAUGCGCACAGAAAAACGGUAGAAGAUAUGCGGAUACGGCUGGACACUACACGGCAGCGUGUCGACCGUGAGAUCAACCAGGUCAAGGAGAUGCACGCGUCAAAGUGCAAUGAACUCUCGGACCAGAUAUGCAUGCUCCUGGAGCGCUGCGAGAAAUACAAGGCUAGGCUGCAGGCCAUGGGCCUGACUGAAACCCAGCUCCUCAAGAUGGCCACCAGAGACCAAGCUGGCGAAGAGGGCCACCUUGAUUCUCUUGUGGUCAAGCGGUCGCAGCCCAUUGAGCAGAUGCAGAUUGUGGACCAGGCGUUUUUUGAAAAGCAGUACGUAGAGACCAGAGAGAGCAGCCAGGAGGCGGAUUACUUCAAGAAACUGAUGGACAUCGAGAAAAGCAUGGAGAACACUACAAUGGCACUAGGGUUUGAGCUCAAGCGCACACAGGCGAAGUACUUGCAGCAGGCUGCAGACUUUAUUCGUGAGCAGAUGGCUAGGCUGCAGACGGAGAACCGGUCCGAGUCCAGGCUCUCUAUGCGGUCCGAGUCUCGCCAUGUGCCGACGCUGCCGCGCACAAUGUUGUCUCCCGCUGCCCCAGUGUCCGGCGAAGCAGCUGCUACGUCACCGGCACCCACCCCUGUGGCAAUUCCCGGUGCUGCGCCGACAGAGGCUGGCAAGGCUGCGUUUGAUACCGCGCCCGAGCUGCCCUCAGUGCUGCCCAUGUCGCCAGUCAUGAGUCUGGCCAGGUCACUUGCCCUGAUGUCCGCGCCAAGCACGCCAGCCGCCCAGGUUUUCAAGGAACCCGUCGUAACAGUGGCAGAGCCGAGCACUGCUCCAAUGUCCGAGUCGCUGAUUGAUGAUCUGACCGAGUCGCUGGCUGACGCCCUGCCUGCGCCACGACCGCACUUCAAGUUGCGCCAGCGUGCGAGUUCCGUCAUUGGCAACAUGCCCGCUCACCACGCAGCCACCCUGUCCUCGGUAUUUACCCCGCCGCCGCGCACCUUUGACCCCGCGCGGGGGUUCGAGUCUGAGGGCCGCGGCUCGGGCCUCGCACGCAUGGCCAACCCGCCGCGCACGCGCUCCUCCACCAUAACCACCGACAUUGACGAUCCCCCCGCCCGACGCUUGCACCGGUCGCCAAUGGUUGGCAGCAACUUCUUUGCGUCAAGCCAAGAGUCUAUGACCACUCUGGACACCAGCAGCAUCACAAGCAUGACGGGGCUAAUGGACGCCCAGCUGUCCUCCUCCACGUUGUUCACAUCGCCCAAGCCCUCUGCGCCAUCAACCAUUGGUCAUUUCUCGCACUAUAAGCGCCCAUCAUCCUCAUCGACUUCGUUUUCGCGCCCGCAGACCCCGACGAAAUCAUCUACCAUGCAUUGGCCGCCCCGCAGCGAGCGACGUGCAGCCAUGGAUACAAACGACAUGACCGCUGAGCAGUUGCUGGACUCGCUUAAACUGCCAUCUAGCAAUGCCACUCCGCGCGCUCUUCGCCCGGCAUCGCCAUUUUCAAUUUCCUCCGGUGGCGGGUCGCUUGGUCGUAACUCGCCUUUGCCGCGGACAAGCUCGUUUACUGAUUUUGCCCGCCUUGCUUCUAUGGACCCAAUGGGGGUGGCAAAGGUGGAGAGCCCGACGAGUGACUCUACGCUUAUGGGGGUUCCCCUGGAGGAUAUGUCGGCAGCGAAGAGGUUGUUUGAUCCAAAGGCGGAGAUUCACAUUAAUCUCGGCUUAGAUCAGGGUCUGGCCCAGGGCGUUAGUUUGGGUAGGAGGAAUCGCAGGGCUAUUGGGGCUGCACAUAGACGACGCAGUCGGUCCGUGGGUACGUGGGAUCGCAAAAUGCUCUAAAAGAUCAACUACACAGAAAAAUUAAAAUGCUUUUUUAGAAGAGAUUGAGAUGUGUGCCUGUGUUAUAUUUUUUCUAGUCAUUUUUUAUUUUACACUUUAAUUACAUUUUAACUUAUUUAUUUAAA